AUGGCUUCAACAUCGAAACCGCAAACACCUCGGCUUCCCCUGGAUAUCUCAGAGAUCGAGUCGAGUUCAGACCCUGAAGGCGACUCGGAAGACUCGAGCGCCGAGGAUGAGACCCCCACCAUAGUGAGGUCGCCCACAAAGCUCACUUACAAGAUCGACAGGCUCUCGGACGAAACCCGCUCUACGGUCCGAGAAGCUUUCAAGGACCCGCCAAGACUGUCGUUGCAGUACUGCCGUCUGCAGGACGACACUUAUGCUUUUCAGAUGACAGAGAUGGUGCCCCGGUCUAUUCGUAUCGGCUCGUCGGAGAGCAAGUUUCCGACGCCGCGAUGCUCUUGCGGCAAACAAAACGGACCUUGCAAGCACUUGCUCUGGCUGCUGGAUCAGCUGGUCAAGCAAACCCUUUACGACCAGGACCCUGCUUCACCCUUGACCAUGACGUCGAAGGGCUUCGCUGAGGAGGUCGGCGACCCCUUUUCGAGCAUCUCCGAUUUUCACCUCGACGUUCUCGCCGACAGCCUGCGCUGUCGAGUUGUUCACCCUGAUUCCGGCAAUGAUGAUGACGAUGACGACGACGACGACGACGAAGAUCUUGAUCCAUCUCGAGUGCAAGAAGCUCGUGAGCUCCUGGCCUCAGUUGCCGCUGUUGAUCCCGAAGAGUAUCCGCGCGACCUCGAGUGUACAAUUUUCCGCAUGCUCCUCGACAACAACGACUUCUUCCACUACUUUCUUUCCCGCGCUCGCUCCUCAGACCCAUAA